AGCCCUCCGCCCUCCGCCCUCCGCCCUCCCUCCUCCCAAUGACGGGCGGUCGCUUCGACUUCGACGAUGGCGGCACGUACUGCGGCGGCUGGGACGACGGCAAGGCGCACGGCCAGGGCGUGUGCACCGGACCCAAGGGCCAGGGCGAGUACGCGGGCUCCUGGUCCAACGGCUUCGAGGUGGUGGGCGCGUACACCUGGCCCAGCGGGAACGUGUACCGGGGAUACUGGGCGCAGGGCAAGCGCCACGGACUCGGCGUGGAGAGCAAGGGCCGCUGGACGUACCGGGGCGAGUGGACGCACGGCUUCAAGGGGCGGUACGGAGUACGGCAGAGUCUGAACACGCCGGCCCGGUACGAGGGCACCUGGAACAACGGACUGCAGGACGGAUACGGCGUGGAGACGUACGCGGAUGGAGGUACAUACCAGGGUCAGUGGACUGGUGGGAUGCGUCACGGGUAUGGGGUUCGUCAGAGUGUCCCAUACGGCAUGGCAUCAGUCAUCCGCUCGCCUCUCCGAACCUCCCUGGCCUCCCUCCGUAGUGAGCAGAGUAACGGCACAGUGCUGCGCGACAGUCUGACGGACAGCCCUGCCGGCACCCGUGGAGGCUUCGUGCUGAACUUCCAUUCAGACGGAGACGGUUCUGACAAAAAGAAGGGUCUCUUCCGCCGCGGCUCUCUCUUCGGCAGUCUACAGCGGUUGCGCAAAUCAGACUCGCGCUCGUCCAUCUCCAGCAAACGCAGCUCAGCACGUAGCGACACCACCAUGAGUCGAAUCAGUUCCAGUGAUGCCAACUCCACCAUAAGUUUUGGAGAUAAUGAUGACUACUUGCCUCUGGAGGACAACGUCGACGCCACCACUACCGAGUCCUACAUGGGAGAGUGGAAGAAUGACAAGCGCAGCGGUUUUGGUGUCUCCGAGCGGUCCAACGGCAUGAAGUAUGAAGGAGAAUGGUUAAACAAUAAGCGCCAUGGCUACGGCUGUACUGUCUUUCCCGAUGGCACCAAAGAAGAAGGGAAGUACAAGAAUAAUGUGUUGUCCCGAAGUAUCAGGAAACAGUUGAUACCAAUGAGGAACACCAAGACCAAACAGAAGGUGGAUCGAGCCGUUGAAGGAUCAGUGAGAGCAGCUGCUAUUGCCAGAACCAAAGUAGAGAUUGCCAUCUCCAGAACAUCUCACACUCGGGCCAAAGCAGAGGCAGCAGACCAAGCUGCGCAGUCAGCUAGUCAAGACUCAGACAUUGCCAGAGCUGUGGCCAAAGAACUCUCACCCAGCUUCUACCAGCCAGGCCCGGACUAUAUUCGGCAGAAAUACAACGAGCCGGUGGAAGUGAAGGAGAUCCCAGACGAGAUUAAACCGGAGAAAACUCCUUCAAGUAGCCCUCAUUUCUACCGCAAAGGCACAACGCCGUCACAUUCGCCAUCUCAGAGCCCGGUCCCCAGCCCCACUGCUUCACCGACUCUCAUCCAGAAGACUUUAUUCAGCAGUAAACCGCCUGCCACCGUCAACCCCCCGAACUCUGCUGGGAGUGACAACAGAACCCCAACGCAUGAGUCCUUAACCGCAGGAAUUACAAAGGAUGCAUCGAAACUUUCUCUCAAACAGGAAGGGAGGCAACAGGCGCCAAUGUACUCACCCACCAAGGUAGCCGUGCCGGUCAGUGGUUUCCCGAGCAAUGGACAGAUCCACUCCCAGUACCACGGUUACUACGUCAAGGAUGUGAAGAUGUUGCCGCCGGAAGAACCGGUUGACCUGGAGGAUGAUUUCCACCCGUCGAGCCUGGCGCGCUUGCCUCCUCCUCCCAAAAAAACGUGGGCGGCGCCGGCCAAGGUGACGCCGGCGCCGAGUCCUACCCCGGUCCCGCAGAAGGCGAACAGCAGAGCUCCGGAGCCUUCCAAAAUGAAAGUGCCGGAAUCGAGCAAACCGAGGACUUUGGCAGAAACCAAGAAAGCGAGUGUGGAAAUUAGUCCUGAAAUUGUAGAGGAAACGUCGGGUCCUAACUCUAUCCUGGUGUUGCUGGUGAUGCUACUGAACGUUGGUCUGGCUAUCAUUUUUGUCCAUUUCCUCACCUGACCAAAUUUGACCUCAGAUUUACCCCAACUUGACGGCCAAGUUCCUGUCCAUCGGCAAGGGACCUUCAAAACGUGGUCCCAGGACUGAAAAUAGACGAGGGAGGAAAGCAGGACGAGAAGAAAAGAAGAAGCGGGAGAGGAAGACGACGACGUGACUCGCCAUUGGACGGCAGGAGAUUUGAGCCUCCACUUAGAAGGCAGUGAAAGUUGAGGCCAGCGUCUCCGGUUUGGCGACGGGAAAGGAAGCAAACACCUGAGCCCCCACAUCAGGUCACCAAGUCAGGUUACCACGUCAGCGCGCCAGUUAAAUGCGAGCCGGGGCUGCGCUUUACGUAGCUAGUUGUUGUUGUUUUUGUCGUUUUUUGUUGAGAAAAAAAACGUGACAUGUGGAACUUUUCCAAGGAUGCAAUAAAAUCUGUGCCUCGUCCAA